AUGUCGGCCGCCACAGCCGCCCCCGUCUGGCACCCCGGCGAGCUUGCCGUGCACCGCCUCCUCUCGGUGCCGACACCGCACGCGAACCCCACUUCCGCCGGCCUCCCGCGCCCCUAUGCCGCCCGCAUCGCCGCCGCCCCGCUCCUGGCCCUCGGCACCCUCGACGCCGAGGGCCGUCCCUGGACGACGCUCUGGGGUGGCGCCGCUGGCGUCGCGGGCGCCAUGGGCCCCGGACUCCUCGGCGUCCGGGCGCGGGUCGACGCCGCGCACGACCCCGUGCUGCGGGCGCUGUGGGGUGGCCCUGUCGUCGAUGAGCAGGUCGUGCGUUCGGGCGACAAGGUCGUUUCGGGGCUCGGCAUUGACCUGCAGACAAGGGACCGCGUCAAGCUCAUGGGACGGCUGGUGGCCGGCGCCGUCGCGCAGGGCGAGGUGCAAAUGGCGGUCCGCGUCGAGGGGAGCCUCGGCAAUUGUCCCAAGUACCUCAACGGGCGGGCUCUUGUCGCGAGGACGCCCGAGGUCGAGGGCGUCGAGGAUGGAUUCCCUCUGAGCGCGAGGGCCAGACGGGUUGUCGAUCAGGCGGAUCUGUUUUUCCUGUCGAGCGGGCACGGGACGGGCAUGGAUACGAAUCAUCGCGGCGGGAGCAAGGGGUUUGUGAGAAUCGGGAGAAACGAUGAGGGGGCUGUUGAGCUGAUUUACCCCGAGUAUUCGGGAAACAGGCUGUACCAGACCCUGGGCAAUCUCCAGGCCAACCCCCUCGUGGGCAUCACCAUACCCGAUUUUGACACUUCGGAUGUACUCUAUGUACGUCUUCGCAUUCUGCUCGGCAAUCUGGAACUGGGAACUAACAAGUCGUCAGGCCACCGGAACGGCAACGAUUCUCACCGGCGACGCUGCCGGCGCCCUGCUGCCGCACACCCGCCUCGCCAUCAAAAUCACCCUCACCUCAGCCCUCCUCGUCAAGGCCGGGCUCCCCAUGCGCGCCACGUCCCCGCAGGUCGACUACUCCCCCUACAACCCGCCCGCCCGCCCCCUCGCCGCCGAGGGCGCCGCCGCUCUGCCCUCGACCCCGCUCGCGACCGCCACCCUCCAGCACCGCCAGCCCCUGACCCCGAGCAUCACGCGCUUCACGUUCGCCCUCGACGUCCCGCGCGCGACCCCGUGCCGGGCGAAUACGUCACGCUCGACUUCGCCGCCGAGCUCGACCACGGCUGGAGCCACAUGCGCGACGACGACCCGCGGAGCCUGAACGAGGACUGGGUCCGCAGCUUCACCAUCUCGGGCUACCCGUCCGCCCGCGCGUUCGAGAUUACAGCGCGCGUGAAGCGCGGCGGCGCGACGGAGCUGCUUGCCAAGCACCUGCUGCGGGGCGGCCCGCUCGAGGUUGCCGCGCCGGGGCUGUUGACGGGUGGCAAGGCGUUCGAGGUCAUUUGGGGGGUUAGGGGGGAUGACGUCGGUGUUGUGCGUGACGCCGUCGAGAGGAUCCCGGGAUUGGCGGCAAGGCUGAGCGUACAUGUCACGGGAAAGAUUGGUGAGGCGGACGAGGAGGCGCUCGCAAAGGUCGAGGCUUUGGGCGUCAGGAUCGAGAGGAGGCGGAUGGAGAAGCAUGAUCUGGAGCGGGUGUUUGAGGGGGAGAAGAGAAAGUUCUACUUGUGCGCUGCGCCUGCGCUGCUGACGGUCAUGAAAGGCUGGCUCGAGAACGAGGAGGUUGUCUGGGAGGACUUUGGGUAUUGA